AUCAUGCAUCGCGGGGGAGGCUUACCUCCUGCGGAAUGCGCUGGCCUCAGAACUACACCCCCCAGCAUGCACCGGGAUAGGCGUGCGGCGCGCUGUGACGGGAUUCCCGUCGGCGUGAUCCCGUUCUCGGGCUGCGCGCGGGACGCUCGGCCCCAGCUGAGCAGUGCCUGCCUCUGGAGCAAGAUGUCUGAGAGCAGCAGCCCCGUUCGGCUGGACCUGAGCUCCCUGCGGGAGGCGCCCCAAGAUGUCCUACACCUGCUGCCUUGCGAGGUGGAGCACAAUGGCAGCGCCCCUGUGGACAGAUACUUCACCCCAGCCAUCCGCCAGGGCUCGCAGGAGAAAUCUGUAUCCUUCCGUGGCAGGAGCCUCAAGGGGCAGGAGGUGAUGGUGCCCCAAGGUUAUGUGGGGCUGGUUCUGAAGGAGGAUCAAAGGCCCUGCACAGAGGAGGAGGAGCGGACAGUGCGGCUGAAAUCAACCUUUGGGGCGCUAACUGUGUGGAACCUGGAGCGGGCUCCAAGUGCGGAUGAUGGGUUGCUCCUGGCUCUGAGCUGGCCAGGGAUCGCCGAGGCUAGGAGAUGAAGAAAAUGUUACAUGAUAAAACUCCAUAAAAGAAUGACUUGGUCGAGAAUGGGGAUGGGAACCUCUGUUCUCCAUGUCUCAUAGCACAAGAGCAAUGGGAAUUUCAGAGAAACUUCAAAACUGAUCAAAAGACAUUCUUUUUCAUGUAAUACACCAUCAGCCUCUGGAACUCAUUGACACUUGACACAGCUGAGUGCAGGAUCCCAAAAGAGACUGGGGGUUUAUAAGGAUAAUGAGACUAUCCAGGGUCAACAGGAAAAAAAGAACAGGAGUUUUGGAAUCCUCCCAUCCUCUAAAUAUUGGGGGAAUCCACCGUGUAUCAGGUUAUUCCAUUGCGAAGUAAGAGAUUUUACACCUAUGCUCGUGGAAUUGUUUAAGUGGGAAGGCUGUGAAGAGUAUAAAAUAAAAAUACCCUCUGCAAGUUAGUUACAUAUUUAGGGCAAUGCCCCACAUGAUUCUAUUGAAUGUAGCAGGAUAAAUUGUCGCAGAACGUGGGAGGGUGAUAAUAUAGACAUAUGAGAGGUUAUCAUGUUAAUACAGGAGUGUGUCUGGAAAAACACAUGCUGUUUGGAUUUCACUGGAAUAAGACAUUUUUCAUGCUAGAGCUUGGUUUUGUCCCAACUCUGGCAGCAUUUCACUACAGCCAAUAUUUUCUGUUUCUAUGUCAUUCAUUAUAAAUCAUAAUUAAUACACAAAUGGUGUGAUUAAUUAUAUAUUAAUAAAAGAGUGCCCUGGGAGUCAGAACUCCUGAGCUCUAUUCCUAGUGCUGUGAGGGGAGUGAAGAGUAAUCUUUAGAGGAGAAGGGGCUUUGUACUGCCGUCCAUAACUGUAGCAUUGAAGGCAUGGAACUUAUUGGUUCUCUUGACAGCUCUGGGAGGGGAGUAUGGACUUCAAAAAUCUCUGAACCUACUGGAAAGAGCAGAGGAGUAGGAGUCAAGACUCGAAGAUUCUGUUCCUAGUUCUGCCAUUUGACAUGUGACUAUGGACAAGUUUCGUUCCCUCCCUGUGCCUCAAUUUCUCCAUCUAUAAAAUGAGAAUACUAGUGACCUGCCUGGGAUUGAGGCUUCAUGGAACUUUGAGAUCUCUGGAUGGGAUGUACAAGGCAUUACUAUCUACACCUUUUUUAUUAUUCACUGUUUGUAUCAUGAUAGGGCCUAGAUUAAUUACAGAUCAGGGGCCCAUUGUGCCAGACAACAGCCAGACCCUUAUCAGUAUCAGGGCUUCUCCCCACGGUGCCAGGCACUGCAAAAUGAGAGACAAUCCCUGCUGGAAAGAGCUCACAGUCCAAGGAUAUGAUGAGAGGUAACAAGCAACUGGGGAAAAAGGUGCACAAGGAAUCAUCUGUGUUUGUAAUUACCAAGUACCACUGAGAGGCCAGCGCAUCCCUGCAGCACAUGUCCUCAAUACAGUUCUACAGUUACAUGAGAUCAUUCUGAUUCUGGGGCAGUACCCUGAGUAUUACUUCCAACUUAUCUGUAUGUGUGUGUGUAUAUAUCUCUCUCUUCUUACUAUAUGUUCCAUUCUAUGCAUCUGAUGAAGUGGGCUGUAGCCCUCGAAAGCUUGUGCUCUAAUAAAUUUGUUAGUCUCUAAUGUGCCA